CAUGUUGACAGAGGCGAUUCUAUUGUUAAUCCACAGAUGUGUUGCUCGGUGCAGCAUGACAUUGUUUCAGAUGUGAUAUGCUGAGUCCUCGACAUAUCGCCUAUAUGAAUACACAUUUUAUGCACAAUGCUGAAAUAUUUAGUAGCUCUCAUCUCUAUGGUUCUGGCCGUCUGGACGGCGCCCGAGUGGCUCACGUUCCCGGUCUACGGUAAUGUAGUAGCAGUAGUGGAGUCCUGGCUGCGGCAGCGGGUCAGUGAAGUGUCCGCUUCUUCUCCGGGACUCUUACUGACCGAAGAUCAGCUCUCGUUAUACAACGGCGGAGAGAACAGCAAAGGAUUGUACCUGGCGAUUUUAGGACAGGUGUUUGACGUUGAAAAGGGGAGAAAGCAUUACGGCCCGGGAGGCGGUUAUCAUUUCUUUACAGGAAAAGAUGCAUCAAGGGCGUUUAUUACUGGCGAUUUCACAGAUGCUGGUUUAUCUAACGACGUCUCGGAUUUCACAGAGUCCCAGAUUGUGGCUCUUCAUGACUGGCUGUCAUUUUAUCAAAGGGACUACACACCAGUAGGCAAACUUAUAGGCCGAUUCUACACAGAAACUGGGCUGCCCACUGACGCUUUGCUCCAUGUUGAGGCUUUCCUAUCUGACGGGCUGAAGAAAAAGGCCCAGGCUCAGAGUGAGAUGCAGCUUUACCCCUCCUGUAACUCAGAGUGGAGUGAAGCCAGCGGAGGACGAGUAUGGUGCUCAACGAUGAGUGGCGGCAUUCACAGAGACUGGGUUGGAGUACCCAGAAUGCUAUUCACCCCAGGAUCUGGUCAUUCCAGAUGUGUGUGUAUCAGACUCUCUGAUCCUGUUCAUUCUGAGAACCGAAACCUGAGAGAGUACAAGGACUGUCCUUUUCGAGCAGAGUCUUGCCAAAUUGCUAAAGACUGAGAUACAAGCCUUCACCACACUACAGAACUCAAUGUGUUUGUUUUGGAUUUCAAGGACUCACAUCAAUAGAAUUGUUAUUUUGAUUUGUUUAUUGUAGAAGGCACACACCAUGGGACUGAUGCUGCUCUUAAUUGUUUAUAUGAUUAAGUUUCCGAUUAAAUUAUUUUUAUGAUUUAAAGGGUUAGUUCACCCACAAAUAAAAUUUUUGGCAACACCUUAUUUUGAUGGUCCAUUUAAGUAUUAGUAGACUGUCUGCUUAAUAUCUGCUGAUACUGCUCCUUCAACAGAUAUUUGACUAUGAGAAACUUUGCAAGUACACAUCAACUUACACUAACCCUAACUCCAACCUAACAGACUACUUAUAAUAUAAUGAGAAUUAGUUGCAACGUAAUUUAAAUUCAACAAACGGACCAUAAAAAUAAACCGUGACCGAAUUUUUCAUUAUAAAUUACUCACCCUUAUAUUGUUCCAAUCUUUUGAGAUCUUUUUUCAUCUUAAGAUUUAAAAUUUAGAUGUAAUCUGAGAGCUCCCAGACCCUCCAUAGACAGCAACAGUCCAGAGUUGUUUAAAGUCCAGAAAAGCAGCCAUAUGUGAGUUCAGCGAUUCAAUUAUCAAAUGAAGCUCCAGGAAAACUUGUAAAAAGCUGCAAAAACUACUUUGCCCGACUAUGUCUUCUAUGUCAGAUUAGAGUGUGCAUUUAUUACUGGCAAUACAACGUUUGACUCCAAUGGCAAAAUGUGAUAACGUCCAUAGUAAACAUGCACACUGACCUGUCACAGAAAAGAGGUCAGGGUGAACAAAGUCAUUUUUACAGUUAGUAUCAUUGAGCUUCAUAUGAUCACAGUUGAACCACUAGUCACAUUGAAUAUUUUGACUAAUUAAUACAUACAAAAACAAAAUAAAAGCCAUUUUUUCCUUUUGUAUUGAAA